CCGGCCGGCACCGCCUGGGCCCACUCGAGAUGAGGAUGAGCCGGGCCACCCCUCGCCGCGCCGCGGGGCUCCUCGUGCUGCUCCUCGGGGGCUUGGGGCUGGCGGAUCCCCCCGGCCACACAGGUAAUCAACCAUUCACCAUCAUCAAUGAAAACACAGGCAAGUGCAUCAAGCCACUGAAUGACUGGAUAGUAGCAAAAGACUGUGACAGCUCUAAGGACAUGUUAUGGAAAUGGGUAUCCCAGCAUAGACUUUUUCACUUGCAAUCCCAAAAGUGCCUUGGAAUAGAUAUUACCAAAUCCACGGAUUCCUUGAGAAUGUUCAGCUGCGACUCCAGUGCCAUGCUGUGGUGGAAAUGUGAGCGCCUUUCUUUGUAUGGCGCUGCUCAAUAUAAGUUAGCGCUGAAGGAUGGACAUGCCAUAGCAAGUACAAAUUCAUCUGAUUUCUGGAAGAAAGGAGGUUCAGAGGAAGGCCUGUGUGAUCAGCCUUACCAUGAGAUAUAUACCAGAGACGGGAACUCCUAUGGAAGAGCUUGUGAAUUCCCAUUCUUCGCUAAUGGGACAUGGCAUCAUGAGUGCAUUAUUGAUGAAAAACAUACUGGACCAUGGUGUGCCACCACCUUAAAUUACAAAGAGGAUCAAAAGUGGGGUAUCUGCCUAAUGCCAGAAAGUGGUUGUGACACUAAUUGGGAAAAGAAAGAGCAGAUGGGAAGUUGCUACCAAUUUAAUACACAGGCCUCUCUUUCUUGGAAAGAAGCUUAUGUUUCAUGUCAGAAUCAAGGAGCUGAUUUAUUGAGUAUCAACAGUGCUGCUGAAUUAACUUACCUUACAGAAAAAGAAGACAUUGCUAGAAUUUUCUGGAUUGGCUUAAAUCAGCUGUAUACUGCUAGAGGCUGGGAAUGGUCAGACCACAAGCCAUUAAACUUUCUCAACUGGGAUCCAGAUAUGCCUAGUGCACCGACAAUUGGUGGGUCAAGCUGUGCAAGUAUGAUUGCUGAGUCUGGUCUGUGGCAGAGUUAUUCCUGUGAGUCCCAGCUGCCCUACGUCUGCAAAAAACCACUGACUGAAACGGUGGAAUUAGCAGAUGUUUGGACAUACUCAGAAACCCACUGUGAUACAGGCUGGCAACCGAAUAAUGGAUUUUGCUAUCUGCUGGUAAAUGAAAGUGAUUCUUGGGAUAACGCACAUAAGAGAUGCAAAGCCUACAGUGGUGAUCUCAUCAGCAUUCAUUCUUUAGCAGACGUGGAGGUGGUUGUCACAAAACUCCAUAAUGGGGAUACCAAAGAAGAAAUAUGGACAGGCCUUAAGAAUACAAAUACACCAACUUUAUUUCAGUGGUCAGAUGGGACUGAAGUUACUCUAACAUACUGGAAUGAGAAUCAGCCAAAUGUUCCCUAUAACAAAACUCCCAACUGCGUUUCCUAUUUUGGAACGCUCGGACAAUGGAAAGUUCAAUCAUGUGAAGAGAAACUUAAAUAUGUAUGUAAGAAGAAGGGAGAAAAAAUAAAUGAUACGGAUUCUGAGAAGAUAUGUCCUCCAGAUGAGGGCUGGAAAAGACAUGGGGAAACGUGUUAUAAGAUAUAUAAGGAUGAAGUCCCUUUUGGAACCAAGUGCAAUCUAACAAUAACGAGCAGAUUUGAGCAAGAAUUCUUGAAUGAUAUGAUUAAAAAGUAUACUAAAUCCCAAAAUAAAUAUUUCUGGACUGGCCUGAGAGAUAAAGAUAAAUUUGGAGAGUAUAGUUGGUCAAGUGCUGGCGGAAGAAAGCAGGCUCUCACCUUUUCCAACUGGAAUUUUCUUGAGCCAGCUUUUCCAGGUGGUUGUGUGGCUAUGUCUUCUGAAAGAUCCCUUGGCAAGUGGGAGGUGAAAGACUGCAAUAGCUUUAGGGCACUUUCAAUUUGCAAGAAAAUAAGUGGACCCACUGAGACAGAAGAAGCAGCUCCCAAGCCCAAAAACUUAACCUGUCCUGAAGGCUGGCAUAGUGUAUCCUCAAAUCCUUUUUGUUAUAAGCUGUUUCACAGAGAGAGAAUUGUAAGAAAGAGGAACUGGGAAGAAGCUGAAAGAUUCUGCCAGGCACUUGGAGCACACCUGCCCAGCUUUAGUCAUGUGAAUGAAAUGAGGGAAUUUCUUCAAUUUUUAAUGGACCAGUUCAGUGACCAGCGUUGGAUGUGGAUAGGUUUGAAUAAAAGGAGCCCAGAUUUACAAGGAUCAUGGCAAUGGAGUGAUUAUACACCUGUAUCUACUGUUACCAUGCCAAAUGAAUUGCAGCAGGAUUAUGAUAUCAGAGACUGUGCUGCUGUCAAGGCUGUUCAUUGGCCAUGGCGAAGAAGCAGGUAUUUCUAUCAUGACAGAGAAUAUAUUUAUUUAAGACCUUUUGCUUGUGACACAAAACUUGAAUGGGUAUGCCAGAUUCCAAAAGGUCAAACUCCUAAAACACCAGACUGGUACAAUCCAGAGCGUGCUGGAAUUCAUGGACCUCCAGUUAUAAUAGAAGGGAGUGAAUAUUGGUUUGUUGCUGAGCCUCAAUUAAACUAUGAAGAAGCUGUCCUGUAUUGUGCUGGCAAUCAUAGCUCUCUGGCUACCUUAACAUCUUUUACAGAUCUCAAAGCCAUCAAAAACAAAAUAGCAAAUAUAUCUGGUGAAGAACAGAGGUGGUGGUUGAGAACGAUUGAACAGUCCAUAGAUCAUCGUUUCCUCUACUCACGCUAUCCAUGGCAUCACUUUCAUUCAAUAUUUGGAGAGGAGUGCUUAUCCAUAGCUGCCAAGUCCUGGCUUAGUGAUUUAAAUAAACUAACAGACUGUGGUACCAAGUUACCCUUCAUCUGUGAAAAAUAUAAUGUUUCCUCAUUAGAGAAGUAUAGUCCGGAUUCUGCAGCUAAAAUAAAAUGCUCUGGUGAUUGGAUUCCUUUUCAAAAUAAGUGUUUUCUAAAGAUCAAACCCAAGACUUUGACAUUUACUCAAGCAAGUGAUGUUUGCCAGUCCUAUGGUGGGACCCUUCCUUCAGUGUUGAGCCAGACAGAGCAAGAUUUUAUUACACACUUACUUCCCGGUAUGGAAACAACUUUAUGGAUUGGUUUGCGCUGGACAGCUUAUGAAAGGAUAAACAGAUGGACGGAUAAUCGAGAGCUAACGUACAGUAACUUUAACCCACUACUGGUUGGUCGGUGGCUGAAACUACCAACAAAUAUUUUUGAUGAAGAUUCCCACUACCACUGUGCAAUGAUGGUCAACAUCCCAAAGUCACGUUUUAUUGGAACAUGGAAUUUUACUGCCUGCAAUGAAUACCAUACUCUGUUUCUCUGUCAGAAAUAUUCAGAAGUGGAAGACAGACAGACCCCGAAGAAUGCUUCAGAAACUGUGAAGUAUCUCAAUAAUCUGUAUAAAAUAAUCCUGAAGAAUAUGACUUGGUUUGAUGCUCUGAGUGAGUGUCACAAAGCUAAUAUGCAACUGGUUAGCAUCACAGACCCUUACCAGCAGGCAUUCCUAACUGUGCAGGCCACCCACUAUAACGCCUCUUUAUGGAUUGGACUCUCCAGUCAAGAUGAUGAACUCAAUUUUGGUUGGUCAGAUGGGAAGCGUCUUCAGUUUAGUCGCUGGGAUGAUAAUAAUAAUGAGCAACUUGAAGAUUGUGUAGUGUUAGACACAGAUGGAUUCUGGAAAACAUCAGAGUGCAAUGCUUAUCAACCAGGUGCUAUUUGCUACUAUGCUGCAGGAAAUGAGACUGCAAAAGAGGUCAAACCCACUUACAACAUUCAAUGUCCAUCUCCUGUUCUAAAUACUCCAUGGAUACCAUUUCAGAAUAGUUGCUACAAUUUCCUGAUUACAAAGAAUAGACAUACAGCAAAAACACAAGAGGAAGUUCACUCUAAAUGCCAGAAAUUGAAUCCCAAAUCACAUAUUCUGAGUAUUCGAGAUGAAAAUGAGAACAACUUUGUUCUUGAACAACUUCUACACUUCAAUUAUAUGGCUUCAUGGGUUCUGUUAGGUCUCACUUAUGAAAAUAAUUCCCUUAUGUGGACUGACAAGACCAUGCUGUCAUAUACAAACUGGAAAAGAGGGAGACCGGCUCUAAAGAAUAGCAAAUUCUUUGCUGGCUUGAAUACUGAAGGCUUGUGGGAUAUUCAGACCUUUAAUGUUAUUGAAGAAAUGCUGUAUUUUCAACAGCAUAGCAUUCUUGCUUGUAAGAUUGAAAUGGUUGAAUACAAGGAAGAAUAUAAUACUACUCUGCCACAGUUUAUUCCAUAUGAAGAUGUUAUUUAUAAUGUUAUUCAAAAAAAGCUAACAUGGUAUGAAGCAUUACAAACAUGUUCUCAAAGUGGAGGUUAUUUAGCAAGUGUCCAUGACCAAAAAGGCCAGCUCUUCCUAGAAGAUAUUGCAAAACGUGAUGGAUAUCCACUGUGGGUUGGGCUCUCAAGUCAUGAUGGAAGAGAAUCAAACUUUGAAUGGUCUGAUGGCAGUGCAUUUGACUACAUUCCAUGGAAAGAGAAAAUAUCUGAAGGAAAUUGUGUUGUCUUGGAUCCAAAAGGAAUUUGGAAACAUGAAAAAUGCAAUUCAAUUAAGGAUGGUGCUAUUUGUUAUACAUUAAAAACACGUAAAGAGGUUUCCUCUUAUACAUAUUCCUCAAGAUGUCCAGCAGCAAAACAGAAUAAGUCACAGUGGAUCCAAUAUAAGGGUCACUGUUACACAUCUGACCAGUCAUUGCACAGUUUCUUAGAAGCCAAACAGUUUUGUUCAGAACUUGAUAAUUCUGCAGGUGUUGUUACCAUAAUGGAUGAGGAUGAGAAUAAAUUCGUGAGCAAACUGAUGAGGGAAAAUAACAAUAUUACCAUGAGAGUUUGGCUUGGAAUGAUUAUACGUUCUGAUAAGACUUCACAUUGGUUGGAUGGAUCAGAGGUUAAAUUUGUCAAAUGGGCAGAUAAAAGUAAGCGUGGUAGUGGGAAAUGUGGCAUUCUUUUAGCUUCAAAUGAAACUUGGAAAAACGUUGAUUGUACACUUGGCUAUGGAAGAGUUGUCUGCAAAAUUCCUUUAGGUCCUGAUUACAGAGGAAUUGGUAUCACAUUUGCUGUGCUAAGUAUCCUCGCUCUCAUCAUCGGACUAAUUUUCUUCCUCAAGAAGAGGAAGCGUUUGCACUGGCCGGGAUUCUUCUCUUCAGUUCGCUAUGAACAAGGAGUAAAUGAAGAUGAGAUUAUGCUUCCUACUUUCCACGACUAAAUUCUUUUAAAAGUUUGCUGGUUUGCACUAAUGUGUUAGGGAAAAUGAGCCAUUGAAAUUUUUCCCAGUGUCAGUAUUUACUGUGUUCCAAAGUAGAAGCCUUAAGUAGUUUUCUCAGUUGCUCAGUUGCAAUGCUGGUACGCACACUUUCUCACAAAGUGUAUUUUUAUCUAGCUAAUAAUAUGGGGAGGAAGACCAAGCUAUUUGUUGGAUAGUAAGUUUAAUAUUCAUUUUCUCUGUAAGAAUAUGGUUGGUCAUUAGGAUAAUGUUUCUGUUUUGUUUUGGGGACACACCCACAUUAGUGUUCAGGGCUGACUCCUAGCUCUGUACUCAGGGAUCACUCCGGGUGGGGCACAGGAGAUGUGUGGGUUCUGGGGAUGGACUCCAGGUUAGCCUCAUGCAAGGAAGUGCCCUACCCUCUGUACUAUCACUCCAGCCCAGGAAAUGUAUGUUUUAACGAUAUUUUAGCACAACUUCCUAGAAAACUUAAAUGGGCAUAUUGCUCUGACACACAUCUACCUUUUGUAAGAAGAGCUAUUUUGAAGAAUGUCUGGCCAAACACAUUAGUACCUCAAAGUAAAAUUGCAACUGUAACUAUUAUCAAUAUUGUUUCAAAAUAGUCCUAUGUAGCAUUUGCAGAAAAUUCUUAAACAUGGAGGCAUGCUUAUUUUUUUCAUAUAGUAAAACAAUACCUCUUGCUGUAUGAUUCCUUUUAUUUUAUUAAUUUAUUUUUGGUUUUUUGUGUGGUACUGGGGAUCAAACCCAAGACUAUACAUAUGUAAGACAUGUGUCAACUACCUAGCCCCCAAUUUCUUGUUUUUGUUUUGUGAGUGCCAGGGAUUUAACCCUUGCACACGUGAGACGUACUUUCUACCACUGAGGUAUGUCCCUGAACAAGAUGCUUUUGCACUAUUCUAAAAAUAUUCCAUGUCAAUAUUACCUAAAUGUCUACUUUUUGUAUUCAUGAAACUAGCUUUUAAAAUAUUUUGUACUUAAUCGUACAUACCCUGUAGCAACAUCUUUUUAUUUCUUUCUUGUGUAUAAACUUUUUUAAGGGUGUGGCUUAGAAUAAAUGUUUUUGUUUGCUUGCUUAUUUCUUACUUUUUUUCAGUACUAAGAAUUGAACUUAGGGCCUCAUACAUGUAAAGCAAGUGCUCUACCACAAAGCUACAUCCAGACAACUAGGAUAAGAUUUUUCAAGAACUUUGCAAUUUAUAUACCUUAGAUGGCAUUCCAACUUUUGAAUAAAUUUUUUUAUUACUUGAAUAUUAUAUGAACUAAAGAGAGAAGAGGAUCUGUGAAAAUUAUUGUAUAUCUUGCAUUUGUACUGAUGAAAAUUUUAUGGUAAAACUUUCAACCUUGUGAUUACUACUAAAAAUUCAAACUUAUUAAUUUUACAACAGAUUUUUAAUAAUAACUGUCACUGGACAUAUAAAUGUUUUAUUUUAUGUUUAACUUAUAUUUGUGUAUUUAGAAUGUAUUUUUUGAAAUUCAUAGUUUAAAGAUUAGGCUGUUUGUACUAUGAAAAAGUUGUAAAUAAUUUUCUGAGAGUUUUUGUACAGUCUACAACUAUAGUAUAACUUUUUGGGAAAAUUAUAUUCAGUUGUUAGAUUAGGAUUUUCAUUCUUUGAUCUGUAUGCUUUUAGUUAUUAAGAUUUUCUUCAAACAACUAAACCAAAUUGAUGGGAACAGUGGACCUAUGUAGAGUUGUGGGUGAUAGAGUAAUUGCUUUUUUUCCAUUUUUUAAAAUAAAACUGUUUUGAUCCUUGUGGAAAAUAAUGUUAUCUAAGUUGUAUUUUAUUAUGAUAGCAUAUAGUGAAAAAGUGGGUCCAGCUAUGGUAAAGUCAUUCUUAAGAAUUUGUGUGCAUUUAAAAAAGAAUAAAUAUAAUCAUUCCUACA